UAGCGGCCGCUUCCGUGUUUGGGCGUGAUGGAGUCGGUGCUGAGCGAGGUGGUGGCGUUGGAGGAUCUAAAAAGAUUCGAGAAGAAGUUCAAUUCUGAGCAAAGCGCAGGCAACGUCUCCAGAGGAACACAAUUCGAGUAUGCUUGGUGCCUGGUCCGCAGCAAAUACAAUGAGGACAUCAAAAAGGGCAUUGUACUUUUGGAAGAACUGUUGCCCAAGGGAAACAAAGAAGAACAACGGGACUACGUAUUCUACCUUGCGGUAGCCAAUUACCGGCUUAAGGAAUAUGAAAAGGCUCUGAAGUACAUCCGGGGCCUGUUGAAGACUGAGCCAAGCAACACACAAGCCUUGGAGAUGGAAAAACUGAUCAAGAAAGCCAUGCAGAAAGAUGGCUUGGUUGGCAUGGCGAUCGUCGGCGGCAUGGCGUUGGGAGCGGCCAGUCUGGCGGGCCUGAUCGGCUUGGCCAUUGCCAAAUCCAAAUCCUAAGACGGAUAGGGUAGGGUAGGCCUCCCUUCUCUUCCUCUGGUGGAGCAGCCUGGCCUGGCAGCUGGAAGACUAACCCUUCAGAGAAGCGGAGAGGAUGAUUCAAAACACUUUGUUUUCUUCAAACGUCACUAACCUGACUGUAAUUCCUGGAUUUUGGCUCUCUUUUCUCCUGCUGAUCAGCUGCCAUGCUCGGGAGGGCAAAGGGCGAUGUUAAUGCAGAAUUUGCCCAGAGAAUGAGGGUGCCCUGGGACUAUAAUCCAAUUUUCCUCUUGUGUUAAUCCAAUUUGAGGUCCUUUCUGCUGUCUCUCCUCCACUGGUACAAGAAGAUGUACUAAGUCCUUCUCUCUCUCUCUGCCUUUCACUUGUCCCAAAAGUUUGGAAGUCUCUUCUGCUGAAGUACAGGGGCAAAAACCGAACCCACUUGGUGUCCCGUCUGGAGAAACCAGGAUGUUUUUCUGCCUUUCAGAUGAAGCUUUGACCAACUGCUGGAAACGAGACAGCCUUCUGAAAAGGAAAAAAAGAAAAAAAAGCAGCAAGUUUUCCCAGGCAGAAUAUUUCCUUCGCUUGCGAACUGAUUUUUCCCUCUGCUUCUGGACUUGUUCUUCACCUGUAUCACAGUGUGUGUAGUCAGGAUGAAUCCAUUGUCAACACUAGAUUUUUUUUUUUUUAAUUUUUCUCUUAAUGCUUAGCCGAGUAGGCUCCUGUGUUCUUUCAGUUUCUUAAAAAAA